GGGUUUCCGGGUGCCUUGUGAGUGAGAGAACUCAGGGGUAGACGCGGCUGUUUUGUCCCUGAAUGAUAUAAUGGGGGUUGUUUAGUUCCAUAUUUGAGCAGCAAGUAUCAGCUUGAAGGUUCUGUUUGAAUUUUCUUUGGACAUCAUUAUGAAGCAGAAUUGUUGCCACUUCAAUUACUAAAGGAAUUCAAAGGGUUACCGGAAGUUCAGCUACUGAAUAAAUUACAGAAACUAGGUUUUAGAUCUCUACAGCCAGGAUGUGAUUAUAGCAAGAUGUAUAUCCAGGAUUUUGGUAAAACUACAAGGGGAUUUUCCACAGAAACAAUGUCUUUGGUCCCAGUAACACCUUUUACAUACACACCGCUGAAUGUACUUAAGGAUGGCACAGUUGUCAAUGUCUGUGGUGUUGUGAAGUUCUUUAAGCCUCCGUACCUAAGCAAGGGAACCGAUUAUUGUUCAAUUGUAACAAUUGUGGACCAGACAAAUGUGAAGUUAACAUGCAUGCUCUUUAGUAGGAACUACGAAGACCUUCCAGUCAUUUAUAAUGUUGGAGACAUCGUUUGUUUCCGUGGGCUGAAGAUCCAAGUAUAUAAAAACAAACUUCAGGGAAUCAGCACCUAUGGUUUUGCAUCUUUGACGUUUGAGGGCGCCAUAGGGUCUCCUGUCACACUGCGCACUUCAGGCGCAAGCUUUAACUUCACUGCUCAGGACUACAGUAUGGUAGAAGCCUUGCGGGCUUGGGCAUCCACGCACCUUUCAGCAUCUUCCACCUUACUGCAGCUCUCUGACGUCCAACCCAUGCAGUACUGUGACCUGAUCUGUCAGCUCCUGGGCAAAGCAGAAGUGGAUGGAGCAUCAUUUCUUCUAAAGGUAUGGGAUGGCACCAGGACGAAGUUUCCGUCUUGGAGAGUCUGCAUGCAAGACCUUGUUUUCGAAGGUGACUUAAGUCACAUUCUGCGGCUACAGAAUCUGGUGAUAGACAUUGUAGUUUAUGAUAAUCAUGUCCAAAUGGCAAAAUCCCUGAAGGUUGGAAGCUUCCUUAGAAUCUAUAGCCUCCAUACCAAACUUCAACCAGUUAAUUCAGAGUCCAUCACUUCACUGAUAAGGCUGGAGUUUCAUCUUCAUGGAGGGACUAGCUAUGGCCGAGGGAUCAGGGUCUUACCAGAAAGUAACCCUGAUGUAGAUCAGCUGAAAAGAGCUUUGGAAUCUGUAGAUUUGGCAGCCAUUCAGCCCUCAGAUGAUACCUGUCAAUCAGAAAAUGAGGACAACUGUUUAACACCUUCAAGCUCCGAAUCAGACUUGGUCUCACUGUACGAGGUAGAAAGAUGUCAGCAACUCUGUGCUACAUCACUUACAGAUCACCAUUGUUUAGAGAAGACAUCACUGUGUGCCAUUUUGAAGCAAAGAGUUCCUCGACAAUACCGAAUCCUAGCAAAACUGAGAUCAUAUGAACCCAAAAGACUUCUCCAGUCUGUUAAACUUCUUUGUCCUAAAUGCCACUCAUUGCAAGAAGUUCCAUAUGAGGAAAAUGUGGAUAAAAUUUUGCAAGAUGCUACAACUAAAGCCCCAGAGAGCAAGCUGCAAGGUACAUCAUUGUAUGACUCAGAAGUCUGGACCACUGAAGGUCAAGGAGGACGGCAGGUCGCUGUCCAUUUUGUGAAAAAUGAUGGCAUUCUCCCUCUCUCAAAUGAAUGUCUAAUUUUGAUAGAAGGAGGUCGGCUCUGUGAAAUCUCUAAACUGUCAAGCGUGUUUCACAGUGUCAUCCCUGUGAGGUCUGGCCCUGAGGACCUGGAGCUCCUAGACCUUGCAGCACCAUUCCUCAUACGAGGAAAGAUGUGUCACUAUGGUUGUAAACAGUGUUCAAACUUGAAACCCAUACAAAACCUAAGUACCAUUUCUAAUAAAAGAAUAUGGAUUCCUUCCUCUGUGGCAGAAGUUCUAGGCAUUGUUCCUCUGCAGUAUGUGUUUGUUAUGACUUUCACUUUUGAUGACGGGACAGGAGUAUUGGAUGCUUACCUCAAGGAUUCUGAGAAAUUUUUCUAGAUCCCAGCAUCAGAAGUCCUCACUGAUAACAACCUUCAGAGGAAUCUGGAAAAGAUCAUGAAUGUGAUUUGUCCUCCAGGAAUAAAAAUUGAUGCAUACCCAUGGCUGGAGUGCCUCAUCAAGUCCUACAGUGUCACAAGAGGAACAGAACAGCAAAUAUGUUACCAGAUAUCUGACACCGUGGUUGCAGAAGACAUCAUCUAGCACUGCUGUUCAGUGCAGUGUGUAGGGGAUUUUGCAGUCUUUGAAAAGGUUAUGACUGUGUGAUUCUCAGAAUUCACUUUACUGUUGUUAAAUUAAUUACCAUUUUCACUAUAGUUUAAGUUCUUUUGUACAGAAAGACAUUUCUUGUGAAUGUUAAAAUACCUUUUUGCUCACCAUGUCUAGGGUGAUUACUAGAGUUACAAAAUAAGGCCACACUUGGUGUGGAGGGACCAAAUCUUCAUUUCUUCUUUCAGUUCUUUGGGGGAGUUGUGUUGUUACUAGACACUGAAGAUCCAUUUUCCACCAUGAGACACUUGAUUCUAUGCUCUCCACCCAACAUCCCCCAACUAGUUUUCUUUUCCUGUCCUAAGUUUUAUACCAGCAGCAGUUGAUGUUAAUGUGGGUGUAGAUAAGGACACAUUCUGUUCUUGAGUCUUUUGGCUUUCAUUGAUAAAACAGUGUGGCUAUUUGUCUUUCAUCCUGUUCCAUUUUACUUUAUGUACAGAGGAAUUGCUUAUCCAGUCCUGGAGAAGGAAGUCUUCCUGUACCUUCACACAUGGGUUAUCUGCUUAACUGAGUUUGACUUGAAUAAAGGUUUGUCAGAGUGAGCUACAGUGUACUAAAGAGUAUUGUAGGAGUGGCAGCAUUGUUUUAUUUGGUGCUUAUGUUGUCCAUUUUAGGAUGAGUCUAUCACUUUGAACCAGAUGGUGUAUUUGAUUUCCACUUCUCUCUGUAGUUAUUUCAUCCCAUACCAGCUAAUGAGGUGAUGAGGUUGAAGAUUUUUGUGCUUCAGCUAUAUUAUCUUUCAAUAGCCUUAUGUAAAAAUGUUCCUCCAUUGCAAUAGAAUGGUAUGCUUUUUAACUCAAUGGUGUUUAUUGAAUUUAAAAUGAGUAGUCAGUCACUUUUGCACAAACAUGUACAUAUGUGUAUAUAUGCAUUUGUGUAUUUGCUAAAGACUGAGGAGUAACAAAUCUGUGCAGCUUAUAAAAUAAUAAGUAAAUAAAUGUACACA